CAAAUGAAUUAGAUGUUUAACAUGGAGAUUAUUUUUUAAUUCACGGAUUUCAUUCCUUGGACCUGGCUUCAUAUUGGUUACUAUUGGUUCAAAUGUUAUGUUAUAUGUACUCUGGUCUGGGCUCUGGACUGUUAUCUCGGUAACCUGGGUUCAAUCCUCGCCCAUUGCUUUCCCAACCAUCACAAUCUAAAGGAACAUCCGAUACAUGAAGUUCAUAAUUUGAGAAAAAUUGUAACAUUAUCAUUUAGAUUUAAAGAAAGUGCUUAGAAGUUUUAAUUGUAUCAAUUAAAUGUAAACAUGUAUGUAUGUGUGUUCAAAAACAGAUUCAUUGUUACUGUUGUUUCUGAAAUUAUGAACAUAGUCAAUAACACAGGAAAGUUUUGUAAUCUUUGCAAGGUCUGUGGCUACGUUCGGUUUCUUGGUAAACGAUAAAUAUGUAAAAUGGACGGGAUCUAAGGUUAGACUUGUUAAACAAUAGGACACAAAGACUGACUUCAUGUUGUGUCAUUUCACUUGUGUUCUGCCAAAAAUUGUUUAAAUCAUCAAUGUAGCUAUUUUACAGAUAUCAGGGCACAAACAAUCUCUCAGCGUGUCUGCAUGUCAUAUUUUAUUUGGUUGUAACCUAAACCUUUUUUUUAUCAGCUACUAACUCUCUCUCUCUCUCUUACCUCUCCUCUCUCUCUCUUACCUCUCCUCUCUCUCUAUCUCUCUAUUCACAAAGUAACUGUGUCUGUUCUUAGUCUCCUUCCCUAUUAGGAGGAAGUACUUGUAUAUCUGUAAAUCUUUAUCUUAAUCUAUAUAACUAAUCUCAUGUUAAAGCCUUCUGCAUGUAAUGACAUACAAAACGUACGGAUGCCUGAUGAUGUUAGGUGACACACCCAUUCAAACUGUGAUUGAUGAUUUAAAGACAAAGAAAGCUAAUAACGAGUUGAUCAAAGUUCUUAAAAAACUACGCGAUGAAGUGAAGCACAAGACCAAGUUGAAGCACAUUAUGACGUCUUUAAAUGCUCAUGAACUUAUGAACCACAAACCUACAAGCGUGAAAUCCUACCAAGAUUGCCAAUUUCUGUUUGAUUACUUAAAUGAGGAAAAGAAGAAACGUCUGGCAGAGAAUAACUGUCCAUCGAGUCAAGUUCUUAAAAUCUUUAACGACCCAAUACAUGGACACAUCCAGCUUCAUCCAGCUUGUCAGAUGAUUGUAGACACACCAGAGUUUCAAAGACUUCGUGACAUCAAACAGUUAGGUACUGUCUACUUUGUCUAUCCUGGAGCAGCUCACAACAGAUUUGAACAUUCUCUUGGUGUGUGUCAUCUUGCUGAACAGUUUGUUAAAAGUCUGCACGAAACUCAGCCAGAACUUGGCAUCACUGAUGUGGAUCAACUUUGUGUUCAAAUUGCAGGAUUGUGUGUCAACUUAGGGCAUGGACCUUUCUCUCGAGUUUACUUCAAUCAUUUCUUGCCAGCGAUACACGAAAAAACAACGUUCUAUCGGAAGCCCUCAGCCGCUAUGUUUAGACAUCUGCUGAAGAAGAACAACUUGGAAACUAAGCUUGCUGCCUACGGUAUAAAAGGUCAAGAUAUUGACUUUAUCAUAGAGCAGAUAGAGGGACCAAAACAUGCAACAGGCUCUACUGGGAUGUCAAUAUUUUCCCGCGCAUAUCACAUGAUGUCAUCAAAGGCCAAGAAAUGGCCAUAUAAAGGGAGACCAAAAGAGAAAGCAUAUCUCUACGAGAUAGUUGUAAACAGAAGAAAUGGUAUCGAUGUUUACAAGUGGGACUACAUGGCCAGAGACUGCCAUCACCUGGGAAUCAAAAACAACUUUGAUGCUUCUCGGUACAUGAAAUUUGCCAGGGUGAUAGAAAUGGAAGGAGAGAUACAGAUCUGUACAAGAGACAAGGAAAUCAGCAAUCUCUACAAUAUGUUCUACACCAGAUACACUGUUGACAAAUAUGCUUACUCUCAUAAAGUAGCUUGUGGAAUUGAAAUAAUGAUUGUCGAUGCCUUAAAGAAAGCAAAUGAACACAUUCGUUUCAAAGGAGAAAAUGGAGAAGAGCAUACGAUUUAUGAAUGCCACAAUGAUAUGGUAGCCUUGAGCCAGCUUACAGACUAUGUGCUUACCAUGAUUACCUCAGACAAUGACGAAGAGCCAACUGAUCAUGGGGAUUUCGAAAAGCGCAAAUCUGAUCUUGAGGAAUCUCGGGAUAUAAUUCAAAGAAUCUAUAAGAGAGACUUGUACACAUUAUGUUAUGAAACUCAGCCUAUGAUACCCAACAAUUUACAAGCAGGAAAUAGCAGUCAGCCAGUCACUGAGGUCAAAAUAGAAGAAGUAAUGUAUCAGAAAAUAUCCGAGCCUCACUUUAAAAAAGAGAUCCUUACUAUACUUCAACAAUCAAUCAAAGAGAAAAAAGUUGAUGAAUCAAUAGAUGAAGACAGAGUCAAUAGAAUGAUUGAAGAAAUUAAUACGAAGAAAGAAAUCAUCGUCAAGAAAAUCAACCUAGAUUUUGGAAUGAAAGAAGAAAAUCCAGUGGAAAGACUCAAAGUUUAUUCCAAGCACAAUUUAAACUCUGCCAGACAUUUGAAAAAAGAGGAGGCAAGUAUUAUUCUUGGACCUACCAAAUUCAAUGAGAUCCUGGUGCGAGUGUAUAGCAAAGAUAAAGACGCGAAAAAGUGCAGAAUACUUUAUGAAGCAGCAAGAGCCACUAUUACAGUAAAAAAAGAAUCAAUCAAGUUCUCCUUCAUCAAGUGGAUCCAAAAAUAUAUUCCUGCUUGCCCACUUUUCUGGUUAAUACCUGUAGGUGUAUGUUUAUUAGCUGUAUGGUUGUAUCCAAAAUAAAACGAUGUUUAAAAAUGUGAUAUUACAAAAUGUCUUUGAAUAGCCAGCAUGAAAAUGGAUUGGUGUUUAUAUCGUAUGUCGAUUUGACAAAUGUACGACUAUAACUAGAACUUUUACAUUUAAAGCACUAAUUUAUUUCUAUAAACAUGUUUUUCUAUAAGACAACUAGAACCUUAUUGCUUCGAACCAAAUACACGAAUGUAUUUGAUACAUAAUUUAUAUAUGUAUAUAUCAAACCAAAUCAGCUGAGCUAUACUCUCAUUCAAAUGUAAACUCACUUUUAAAUUAUUUUUAAAGAAUUUUUGUAAAAAUUGAAGCUUAGUAUUCAUGCUGGGUACCGCUGAUGCUAUUGCAAGUCUUUUAUCCACCUUUUUAUUCACCUUUUGUAAUAUGUUAGACUUUUUUUAUUUUUGUUUGUCUUUUUUGAAUUUAUUAUAGUGUUUUCAAAUGUACGUGACCAGCUAAUGGAUUAGAUUUAUACAAUUGUUGAUAAGUAUAAAGGAUUUAUAAUUCGGUUUAUUCUUAGCACGUUUAGACGAUGCUUAUACUGUACAUACAAUUGUACAUUUAGGUUGAGGUUGAUGUUUAUAGCAAUACUAAAAAUAUUAAUUACAAGUUCCAAUUAUCUGAAAAGAGUCUAAAGAAUAAAUUAUAUUGUCCAUAUUAAAGAAGAACAUUACAAUAAGUUGUAUUCUUAAAUUACUUUUGCUUGUUUGAAAAUGAAAAACGAAAAAUAAAAUCCAUUUAGCGUG